GCCGCCGCCAUCCUUUCUGCAGCUUCGGAGCAGGAGCCACCACCUCCCAAAAAAAGAGGAAAGGUUGGGGGGGGGGGCUUCCCCUCCAAAAGAAAGGCUUUGAGGGGCUUCAAACAUAGGCUUUGGGGAGCUUCACCUCAAAAAGAAAGGUUUUGGGGAGCUUCACUCCCCCAAACAUAGGCAUUUGGGGGCUUCACCUCAAAUAGAAAAGCUUUGGGAGGUUUCGCCUCCAAAGAAGGCGGCUUUUGGGGGGCUUCACCUCAGAUAGAAAACCUUUCAGGGGGCUUCCCUUCCAGAAAAAGGAAGGCUUCACCCUCAGCAUCUUGGCGGCCCGCCCUUCAGGACGGGAGGAGCCCAUCCUCCCCGAGAGACGCCCAGGAUCCUCUCAGCUCCGGACUCCCCCCAAAAAGACAACGGACCCAGCGGGGAGGCUCAGGCUGAGGCAGCGGCCGCCGCGGAGAGCAGAGCGGACUUGAACCCCGGGAGCGCCUCCAGAGCCACCGCCGCCGCCUCCUGCUGCUGCUGCUCCUCUUGAGCUUCUCCUUCAGGGAUGCACCGGGGAGCUGGAGAGCGGAGGACCCCGCGGGAACCUCGGGGGGCCGGAGUCCGCCCUCGUCCUCGCUAAACCGGGACUUUCCUCCUCCCAUCUUCCCCCCCAAAAGCACACCUUCCCGAGCUUUCGGAGCCAGCGGUCUCAUGGGGGGAGAGGGGUCCCUUCAGCCGUCCAGGCGGGAGCCCUUCUGAAGCCCCCUCCCCUCCCUGCCAUUUGCGCCCAUGGCCCCUGCCUCCCUCCCCGGCAUCGGCUCCAGGGCCAGCCCAGUAGCCUCUUUCUCCUAACGCCUGCGGGGUCUCCUCUCUUGUGGGUCCCCUUCCUUCCUUCCUCCUUCUCCCUUCCUUCCUUCCUGCUCAGCCGGCCAGAGAAUGGACGAGGAUGUACGGCGCGGAGCCCGGGAAGAGCCCGAAGCAGAGGAGCCGCAGGAGAACCAGGAGGAAGAAGAGGAGGAAGGGAGCAACUCCAAGCCCGCCGCCCGCCUCAAUGAUCUCUCCGGGGAUGGGGGUCGCUCCGGCCCUGGGGAGCCCAAGGAGAGGGAGCCCAGCAGCAGCGGAGGAGGCGGCGGCGGCGGCGGGGGGGAUUCCUCGGAGGGCGAGGCGCUCCCUUACCCGGCCUUGGCCCCCGUCGUCUUCUUCUACCUGAGCCAACACAGCCGGCCCCGGAGCUGGUGCCUGCGGAUGGUCUGCAACCCCUGGUUUGAAAGAGUCAGCAUGCUGGUCAUUCUCCUAAACUGUGUCACUUUGGGCAUGUUCCACCCUUGUGAAGAUAUGGGCUGUGAUUCCCCACGCUGCAAGAUUCUCCAGAGCUUUGAUGAUUUUAUCUUUGCCUUCUUUGCUGUUGAAAUGAUAAUCAAGAUGAUUGCACUAGGGAUUUUUGGGAAGAAAUGCUACCUGGGAGACACAUGGAACCGGCUGGACUUUUUCAUUGUUAUAGCUGGCAUGCUGGAAUACUCGCUGGACUUACAGAAUGUCAGUUUCUCAGCUGUUCGAACUGUCAGGGUACUUCGGCCUUUGAGAGCCAUUAACAGAGUUCCUAGUAUGCGCAUCCUAGUUACACUGCUUUUGGACACUCUUCCUAUGUUGGGGAAUGUGCUCCUUCUCUGUUUUUUUGUGUUCUUCAUCUUUGGCAUUGUUGGAGUUCAGCUUUGGGCAGGGCUGCUCAGGAAUCGUUGCUUCCUACCAGAAAACUUCAGUUUCCCUUACUCAGUAGAUCUGGAAUCCUACUACCAGACGGAGAAUGAAGAUGAAAGCCCUUUCAUCUGCUCUCAGCCGAGGGAGAACGGCAUGCGCUCCUGCCGCAGCAUCCCGACACAGAGGGAGGAAGGCCUGGAGUGCACCCUGGACUAUUACUCCUACAAUGACACCACUAACACCUCUUGUGUCAACUGGAAUCAAUAUUACACAAACUGUUCUGCUGGGGAACACAAUCCUUUCAAAGGAGCAAUCAAUUUUGAUAACAUUGGUUAUGCAUGGAUUGCAAUAUUUCAGGUCAUCACUCUUGAGGGCUGGGUAGAUAUAAUGUACUUCGUCAUGGAUGCCCAUUCCUUCUACAACUUCAUCUAUUUCAUUCUCCUGAUCAUUGUGGGCUCUUUCUUUAUGAUAAACCUCUGCUUAGUUGUCAUUGCAACUCAGUUCUCAGAGACCAAGCAGCGUGAGAGUCAACUGAUGAAGGAGCAGCGAAUCCGCUACCUCUCCAAUGCAAGCACUUUGGCCAGUUUUUCAGAGCCAGGAAGUUGCUAUGAUGAGCUCCUCAAAUAUCUUGUCUACAUCCUUCGAAAGGCCAGCAAACAACUGGUGGAAGUUUACCGAACAACAGGGGUGAAGAUGGGGUUGCUUUCUAGCCCAGGCAGCAGGAGUAGUGCGGAGAGACAACCGUGCAAGCAUCGACCACGGAAAAGAUCAUCAGUCCACCAUCUCAUUCACCAUCACCACCAUCACCACCAUCACUAUCACCUGGGCAAUGGAAGCCUACAAGCUCCAUGUGCCAGUCCUGAAAUCAGUGAUGUUGAAACCAGUUCACUUCACAAUGGUGCCAACAGGCUGAUGCUUCCUCCCACAGCCAAUCCUCAUGUUGCUUCCAGCAAUACUGAAUCUGUUCACAGCAUCUACCAUGCUGACUGUCAUUUUGAGCCAAUUCACUGCAGAUCAUCUCUCCCUCAGCCUGGUCUCAGCCUGCCUGGACCAGAGGUGCUUCCCAGGACUGUAGUUGGCAGCAAAGUCUACCCUACAGUACAUCCAGGUACCUCCCAUGAGCUGCUGAAAGGUUUAGGAGAGCCCACACUGAACCCUGGGGCUAGCACACUGAUGAACCUUAACAUCCCUCCAGGACCUUACAGCCCAAUGCAGAAACUACUGGAGACUCAGAGCACUGGUCCUUGCCAAGGUUCCUGCAAAAUUUCCAGCCAAUGUGGGAAACCUGACAAUACUUGCAACCCAGAUAGUUGUCCGUACUGCAUGAAGACCUUGGCCAACAAACCAGAGCAGACAGACUAUGAGACAGGCGAUUCAGACAGUGAUGGAGUUUAUGAAUUCACCCAGGAUGCUCACUACAGUGAUCAGAGGGACCCUCAGCGUUGGAAAGCCCGGGGAAGAAAUGCUUUAAAGCUUUUGGCCUUCUGGAAAGUGGUUUGUGAGACAUUUCGAAAAAUUGUUGAUAGCAAGUACUUUGGUCGUGGGAUCAUGAUAGCUAUCCUGAUCAAUACCCUCAGCAUGGGGAUUGAGUAUCAUGAGCAGCCUGAAGAACUCACAAAUGCACUGGAAAUCAGCAAUAUUGUCUUUACCAGUCUCUUUGCCCUAGAAAUGCUUCUCAAGCUCCUUGUAUAUGGCCCUUUUGGCUACAUCAAAAACCCAUACAACAUCUUUGAUGGGAUCAUUGUUGUGAUCAGUGUAUGGGAGAUAGUGGGACAGCAGGGUGGAGGCCUGUCUGUUCUACGGACCUUCCGCCUUAUGAGAGUCCUGAAGCUGGUCCGUUUUAUGCCUGCUCUCCAGCGCCAGCUAGUGGUCCUCAUGAAGACAAUGGACAAUGUGGCCACUUUUUGUAUGUUACUGAUGCUUUUCAUCUUUAUCUUUAGUAUCCUUGGGAUGCAUCUCUUUGGCUGUAAGUUUGCUUCAGAGAGAGAUGGAGACACUCUCCCCGACAGGAAGAACUUUGAUUCCUUGCUCUGGGCCAUUGUUACUGUUUUCCAGAUACUUACUCAAGAAGACUGGAAUAAAGUACUAUAUAAUGGCAUGGCUUCUACCUCUUCCUGGGCUGCUCUGUACUUCAUUGCCCUCAUGACAUUUGGAAAUUAUGUUCUCUUUAAUUUGUUGGUUGCCAUUUUGGUGGAAGGUUUUCAGACAGAGGAAAUCACCAAACGGGAAGCAGCGAGUAGGCAGUUAAGCUGUAUUCAGCUGCCUGUCGACUCGUCAGUGGGUGAUGCUACUAAGUCUGAUUCAGAUGGGGAGCUUUUCCCCCGUGCUCUGGAAGAAGACUGUGGACUUAAGAAAAACUUUUCAAAUCCAGCCUUGAUGGCUCUUUGUGAUCACCCAGAGCUAAAGAAGAGUUUAACCCCUCCGCUCAUCAUUCACACAGCUGCUACGCCCAUGCCCAUGCCCAGAAGUGCCACUUAUGGGGAAGCGGCUCAGGGCUACGAUUCCCGGAGAGCCAGUAGUGUCUCCAUGGAUCCUAAUACAUAUGAUCUCAAAUCCCCGAUGAGUGCCCGGAGCUCUCCCCACAGUCCUUGGAGUGCAGGAAGCAGCUGGAACAGCCGCAGGUCGAGCUGGAACAGCAUUGGACGGGCUCCUAGCUUGAAACGCCGCAACCAAAGUGGAGAACGCAAGUCACUUCUCUCAGGGGAUGGGAAGCAGAGUUCUGAGGAAGGGGAGAGCUCUGAGGAAGAGCAGUCCAGCCGGACCGGGAGCAUUAAUGGCUCUAUACCUCACCGCAUGGAGUCACUGGAGACCAAAGGCUCCUUUGACUUUCAAGAUACCCUGCAGGUGCCUUCUCUUUACCGGACCAGUAGCAUACACAGUAGCCGGAGCUCUGCAUCAGAGCGCCAAGACUGCAAUGGCAAAACCACUUCACGCAUUCUGAUACAGCAGCUUCAUCUGGAAGAUCCUUUGCCUGAAUGUGAUGAUAUGGAUGAUGAAGGCAACUUGAGUAAAAAGGACCGUAUGAAGGCUUGGAUAAGGGCACGCCUCCCCAGCUGGUGCAAAGAAAGAGAUUCCUGGUCUGUCUACAUCUUUGCUCCUCAGUCUAAAUUCCGUCUGAUAUGCAAUAAAAUCAUUACUCACAAGAUGUUUGAUCAUGUUGUCUUGGUGAUAAUUUUUCUGAACUGCAUCACAAUUGCAAUGGAGCGUCCCAAAAUUGAGCCACACAGUGCUGAACGGAUUUUCCUCACACUCUCGAACUAUAUUUUUACAGCAAUCUUCCUGGCUGAAAUGACCAUUAAGGUGGUGGCACUAGGGCUGUGCUUUGGUGAGAAGGCGUACUUGAGAAGCAGUUGGAAUGUUCUGGAUGGGGUACUCGUUCUCAUCUCUGUGGUUGACAUCCUGGUUUCCAUGGUUUCUGACAGUGGCACCAAAAUCCUUGGAAUGCUACGAGUCUUGAGGCUGCUGCGAACUCUCAGACCCUUAAGGGUCAUUAGCCGAGCGCAAGGACUGAAGCUGGUAGUAGAAACCCUGAUGUCAUCUCUAAAACCCAUUGGCAACAUUGUGGUCAUUUGCUGUGCUUUCUUCAUCAUUUUUGGCAUCUUAGGAGUCCAGUUAUUCAAAGGGAAGUUUUUUGUCUGCCAGGGGGAGAAUACGAGGAACAUCACCAACAAGUCUGACUGUGCAGAAGCCAGCUAUAAAUGGGUCCGGCACAAGUAUAAUUUUGAUAAUCUCGGCCAGGCCCUAAUGUCUCUGUUUGUUUUGGCCUCCAAAGAUGGGUGGGUUGACAUCAUGUAUGAUGGAUUGGAUGCUGUAGGAGUGGAUCAGCAGCCAAUCAUGAACUAUAAUCCUUGGAUGCUCCUCUACUUCAUCUCUUUCCUGCUGAUAGUUGCCUUCUUUGUCCUCAACAUGUUUGUGGGAGUCGUGGUUGAAAAUUUUCAUAAGUGUCGCCAACAUCAGGAGGAAGAAGAAGCUAAGAGGCGAGAAGAGAAGAGACUCAAACGGCUGGAGAAAAAGAGAAGGAAUCUAAUGCUGGAUGAUGUAAUAAUGGAGAGCUCAGCCAGUGCAGUGCCAGAAGCACAAUGUAAACCAUACUACUCUGAUUACUCUCGCUUCCGACUUCUGAUUCACCAAAUGUGCACCACACAUUAUCUGGAUUUAUUCAUCACAGGUGUCAUUGGGCUCAAUGUCAUCACCAUGGCCAUGGAGCACUACCAGCAACCCAAGGUUCUUGAUGAAGCUCUGAAGAUUUGCAAUUACAUCUUCACCAUCAUCUUUGUCAUGGAGUCUGUUUUCAAGCUAAUUGCAUUUGGAUUUCGCCGGUUCUUUCAAGACAGAUGGAACCAAUUAGACCUGGCAAUAGUGCUGUUGUCCAUCAUGGGGAUCACACUGGAAGAAGAGGUGAAUGCAUCACUGCCUAUCAAUCCCACCAUUCGCAUCAUGAGAUCUCUGAGGAUUGCCCGAGUGCUGAAAUUGCUGAAGGCCGUAGGGAUUGAGAGAGCUCUGCUGGACACAGUCAUGCAAGCACUGCCUCAGGUGGGGAAUCUGGGCCUUCUCUUCAUGUUGUUGUUUUUCAUAUUUGCAGCACUUGGAGUAGAGCUGUUUGGAGACCUUGAAUGUGAUGACACCCAUCCCUGUGAGGGACUGGGGCGGCAUGCAACUUUCCGCAACUUUGGGAUGGCCUUCCUCACACUUUUCCGCGUAUCCACAGGGGACAACUGGAAUGGAAUAAUGAAGGACACACUGAGAGACUGUGAUGAGGAAUCCACCUGUUACAACACUGUCAUCUCGCCUAUCUACUUUGUCUCAUUUGUGCUAACAGCCCAGUUUGUCCUAGUGAAUGUGGUGAUUGCUGUACUGAUGAAGCACCUGGAGGAAAGCAACAAGGAAGCAAAAGAAGAAGCAGAACUGGAACUGGAGCUAGAAAUGGAAAUGAAGACAAUUAGCCCAGGACAGCACCCUCUCUCUGACCCUUUCAUGUGGAUGGGCAGUAAUGGAGGAGAGAGCCCUGAGAGCCCUGGAGGUUAUGCCAAUCCCAUGCAAAUCAAGAUGGAGUCUCAGCUGUCAUUGAUUCACCCUAUGGAAAGACACUUGUUUGAUACCAUAUCACUGCUGAUCCAGGAAUCUCUGGAAGGAGAGUUGAAGCUGAUGGACAACUUGUCAGGCUCUGUGUGCCAUCAUUAUGCCCUUCCAACUACUGACAAUUACAACUCUGAGAAACAGAUCCCUCUAGCUGAGAUGGAGGCUCUGUCUCUGACGUCAGACAUACUCUCUGAAAAUUCCUGGUCCUUAGCUCUGACGGAUGACUCUUUACCUGAUGAUAAUAACACUUUCUUACUUAAUGCCCCGGAGAGCAAUACGAAACUUCCCUCCAGAACUGAUCUUCUGACCACCUCACCAAACAAGGAUCUAUUGAGCGUAAGAAAGCCUUCUGUAGGCCGCACCCAUUCUUUGCCAAAUGACAGCUAUAUGUUCCAGGCUCCAGACACCAGCACAUAUAAUGACUCCUCUGGAGAAAAGAAUUCAUCCCAUCAAAAAUCCCAGUCAGGCUCAACAACUUCGGUGCAGUCACAGCCUGCAAAUAUUGAUGCUUUUCUACAAAUUCCAAGAGAUCUCUUCCACCACCUCAAGCCCCAAUGCCAUCUUGACUGGGAACGUAAACCCAAUCUCCUUCCACCUGUGCAUUCACCUUCUGCAGAACGGUUACUUCGCAGACAGAUGGCAAUACGGAAUGACUCCUUGGACACUCAUAGUUCAGAGAGCCGAGAGAACAUCCAUGCUGAGGUGAGUGAACUCUCUGAUCCAAAUUUAUCAGCUCCAUCUGCUGAGGAUCUGUCUGUCACUCUGGUGCCCUCAGAAACAAGAGAGUCAACCAGCUGGGGGCGAUCAAGCGUUCAUACUCAACAACAUAUCUCCAGUAAGUGUAAUAUAUCCAAGCACAUUCCGGAUUUGUGUGCCUGUACAGACUCCCUUCAAGAGCUAUCUGGAGACCCAACGGACCAAGAAAUAUCAGAAAUAAACAGCUCUUUUACUUCAGGAACUUGUUCAGCCAUGAGUGCCUCUUCAGUGGUUCAACCUGAGACCCCUAAGAGAAACUUAGGCAACAGUGGCAAUGUUACUUUGAAGGACCUGAAAAAAUGCUACAGUGUAGAUACACAGGGUCUUCUUAAAAAACCAUCAUCUUGGUUAGAUGAUCAAAGGAGACAUUCCAUAGAAAUUUGUUCUAUGGAAAACAGCCCUCAGCAUCAUUCCACAUCUAGUUCUUCUGGCUUCAUAAGUCAGGUCUUAAGUGAAAUGGAAGGCUUACAAGGAACACGACCGAAGAAAAAACUGAGCCCCCCAUGUAUAUCCAUAGACCCUCCUGAUGAACAGAGAUUGUUACUGAGAGGAUCACGUACGGCAUCACCCACCAGUGCAGACGUCUGCUUAAGAAGACGUGCGCCAUCUUGGGAUUCCAAGGAUUCAAUGGAUACGGGGGACUCGGCACUUCCAGAGAGUGUGUCAGUAAUUCCAGCCCCAAAGAAAGACUUGUUGACACUCCCUAGUUUUUCCUUUGAUCAAACAGAUGUGGACCCUUAAGUUUGUUUAUUUUCUGUUGUUGGUGCCAAAAGUUCCUUUUCUUCCUUAUGUAAUAAAUUAAACCUCUCUAUUCUAAAAUGGCACUGAUUUUUUUAAAAAUCCAAAGAAAGUUUAAAGAGCUAGUUGGUUUUAGAAUGGUUAAGCUAUAUCACGCUUACUUAAGCAAAUGUUCUGCUUGGGUAAAAGCAAUACAUUGUUCAGAGUCUAUAUGUAUAUUCUAUUUUAUUAAAUUAAUUGAACCUAGUAUUGCAGGAUGUAGUACAUUUUGUGGCUUAAAGACCUGGUUUAUUUUCUUCUGUUCUAUGUAUCUCAGAAUAUUCCUGAGAUUAUGUUGGGGGUUUUUAAUGAAUAUUUUAACCUUUAACAAUACAUAUUUAAUCCCCUCCCCCUUUUUUUCUUUUUAUUUUGCAAAGCACAAGAUGUAGCCAUUAGUGCAUUACUGAGAAAAACAUGUCCCAUGGUCAAACAGAAAUGAAACUAUUUGCAAUUAUAAUGUAUUUCACUCAUAUGUAGAAAAUAGCCAUUUGGAUAUUUUUUACAACUGUAAUAGCAUUUCUAAAAUAAUAACAACAAUAAAAUAAUCUCUAGAAUGAUUUUUAUUAUGAUGUAGAGCUAAAACAGGUGCACAAACUGAAGAUCAUGUGGGACCUGCAGAAAGACUUUCAAAGAUACAUACAAAAUCCAGCUGUCGUUGGCAAUACAUGACCAUAUAUUUUGUGACAGGUAUUUGCUCUUGUUGUAUGGUGAUUUGUAAAA